AUGAAUUUCUAAAUUUUGUAACAGCAAUUAAAUGUGCAUCCGUAUUUUCAAGCUAGUAACGAAGUACUUAGCUACUGGGCUGUAGAGACCCUCGGGGACUAACAGUCCACCAGCAGAGGCCUCAACCCAGGGGGUCAUAAUGUAAAACUUGUACGGUAUCAAUUUUGAUGUACCAGAUGCGCAUUUCGACAAAUAAUGUCUCUUCAGUGAUGGUCAACCGAAAUGUUUGAAAUCCGAAAUAACAAUGAAGUUUUAGAGCUAUUUUAGGGGGAAACAGUGUGCCAAAAAAGUGGAGUCAAAUUCUCUAAGGAUGAGCGCUUUUUUCAUCGGAAGAUUUUUAUGAUUUUUCCUAUAUAUUUAAUAUAUGUAACUAAGUACUUCGUUACUAGCUUGAAAAUACGGAUGUAUAUUUAAUUGCUGUUACAAAAUUUAGAAAUUCAUUUCAAAAUUAAGGGUUAUCUCCCUCACGCAUAGGGCUCAUCAUAACAAAAUGGAUCUACAUAUGGAAGAACGAUUUGUUGCAAUAUUGUUGUGUCUACUGAUUCACUCUUGUGCGAGUCCUUUUGAAGUUCAGCGGAGCUUUCCGAUUCAACAUGUGGGACUGUCUGAGCCUUCUUGAAAAAUUGAUUUAACUUUAACUUCGACAUGUUUGUCAACUAGUUUUAUCACCGAAAAUAACCGAGGGUAUACUAAAUGACAUGUGGCGCUCAUACUAAUAAGAUUUAAAAACAACCCAGAUAGAUCUCUCUCUCUCUCUCUCUCUCUCUCUCUCUCUCUCUCUCUCUCUCUUAUUUUAUUUAUUUAUUUUGGAAAAAAAUGUGGAUGCUUUGGCAUACAAAAAUACAUGGUAGCUACGCCACUGAAAAUUAUGUUACUGUGUAUGUAGUUAUGUAUUUGUAUCAGAAUUACGUCACGGAAUAUAGUUCCGGUUUUGGCAUUGUAACUACAUUACGUGUUAGCAUUCAUAGUACACAUAUCAUAAGUACAUAUGUACAUCACGAAAGACGAGAAAAGUACAUGAACUUGAUAAAUUGUUUUCCAUAGGUUUAGUAUCUGUUCUGAUAACCGCAAAUCCAAACGAUAACACCCAAAAAACAUAUUGGAGAUUAAAAAACUACGUUAUAUUAUAUCUGGCCCUGGUGACGUGUUUGGAUAGAGUAAACACUUCUAUCGCUACCUCAGUCAAAUAAUCUCCCUUGUCACAACACAGUCUGCUUUGCCUUGGAGUUGAUAAAACCCAUCAUUACCAUCACGGUAGGAUUUAUUUUAAUUGAUAAAACCCAUCAUUACCAUCACGAUAUAAGAUAAUUGAUGCCGUCCUUGGAGAAACGACCAAUCGACAGGGGAUGGGCCUGGGUCGUUUUGGCUGCAUCGACGUUGCAGUUCUUUGUAUUUGUCGGCUUCAUGAAAAGUUUUGGAAUAUUCUUCGUGGCUUAUUUGAAGAAAUAUGACGCAACUUCCUCUGAGGUUUCCAUGGUGAUCUCCAUUCAAACAAUCAGUAGCAGCAUUACUUCGAUGGUUGUUUUGGGGAUAGGAACCAGAUUUUUCACUGAGCGCGAAUUGGUUAUGUACGGCGCUUUUUUGUCGGCAGCAUCACAAAUUGGCAACGCAUUCGCUCCUAAUGUGGCAGUCCUGAUGGCAACACAAGGAUUCAUUUUUGGUAUGGGUGCUGCGAUGACACACCUUUCAAUGACGCUGAUUCUGACGAACUCUUUUGAGAAGAGGAGAGGUUUAGCCAACAGUGUAGCUAACAUCGGAGGUAGCGCAGGCGGAUUAAUUUGGCCCAUUUUAUUGAAAAUCUCUCUGGACUUUUAUGGACUAGCAGGAACUCUAUUAAUAGUUAGUGGCAUCAUGUUUCAAGUCAUUGUUUGUGGGGCAUUAUUGAGACCCUUGCCACCAGAAAAAGAUGAAGAUAAUGCUAUCACAUUGGUCAAAGACGAUGGUAAUAUUGGCUGUGCAACUGAUGAAGAAACCAAACAGACUGAUUCGUAUGAAAAAUUAAACCGCACGCAUACUCUUCCAAACUUCAAAACAUAUGGAUACCAGAUUCGUCCGGUAGCUGGAAGAAGAAGAACUCAGUCGGAAAACUUAACAGAAUGUACUAAAGUUUCAAACCUUACUCAAAGAACAGCCACCAGUGUGCAUGACUUACAAGAGGGUUUUGGAAAACUCAAGAUUUCAUCAUCUCUUCAGCCUAUGGGUUGGUUGCCCUCAACAGAGAGAGGGGAGGCAUACUCUCAAUGCCGGGCAAAAGAGAGAGGCCGAAAUUCGCACGAAAUUUUCAAUUUUUCUCUGUUUAAAAAUCCAUUAUUCUACAUUUUUACGCUGAGUUCUGUGCUGUAUGCGCCAACUACUGCUUUACCUAUCAGUUACAUACCUCCAUUUGCACGUGACUGCGAAAUAAGCGAUGAGAACGUAGCUCUAUUGGUUACCAUUUCCGCUGCGAGUGACGUUCUCGGUAGAAUUGGAUUGACUUUCAUUGCCGACAGCAAAACUCUGAAGAGACACCAAAUUUUAGCAAUAACCAUGUUAAUGAAUGGAUUGUCUUGUCUCUUUGUGCAAUUUUACACUAACUUCCCUACUUUGAUUAUAUUUUGUGUAAUUUAUGGUAUAUUUGGUCAAGUGUACUUUUCAUUAUAUCCGGUUAUAAUUGUGGAUUUCUUAGGAUUAGAGAACCUGCGUCAUGGUCUUACCACCGUCACUCUUACAAUGGGUUCCUCCAUUGCUCUGGCAACAGUGAUUAUAGGUAAGUUACGAGAUCACACCGGAUCCUAUCUGACUUCUUUCUACUAUAUGGGAGCUUCCGCUGUAAUGGCCACGGUUAUUAUAUUAAUGGAGCCUUUAGGGCGGAGAAUGAUGAACAAAAAGGAAAACGUUGAAAAUUCAGACAGUCCAGAAAAUCAAAAUAUGAUGGAAUUUACUGAGCAAAAAGAUUGAGCUGUCAAUGUCAUGUCUAGUCGUCAAAUUAACAAAAAACCACAUGUAUUUCUUUCAACAGUGUAUACAGUAUGUAAUUGUUUUGAAAUCUGAAUAUUGGUUAUUAUGAUAUGUGAUAUAUAUAUAUAUAUAUAUAUAUAUAUAUAUAUAUAUAUAUAUAUAUGUUAGUUAUUGCAUCGUGUGAUAUAUAGGUUAGUUAUAACAAUGUGUGAUAUAUAUAGUUUAGUUAUUACAAUGUGAUGUUUGUUAUAACAAUGUGUGAUAUAUAUAGGUUAGUUAUUA